AUAUUGCGUACGCAGUUAACUAUGGCAAUACUAUAAUCUUAUUGUGUAAAUAUGGUAACAUUUUUUUUUUUUUUUAUGUAUGACAUGUGUGAGUGCGUUAAUAGCAAAGGGAUGAAGUUUCGCUGUCAUUAGUUAUUUAUAUUUGUUGAAAACAAUUUUUUUAUGAAGUGAAAAAUCUUUUAAGGAAGUUAAAAAAUAAUUAGAAUAAAAAAAUGUUUGGUACACUUAAUAACUUUUUAAGUGGAGUCGCUCGUGCUUGGGCAGUUAAUGAUGGCGUAAAUUUGGCUUCUUUCGUUUCGUUGAAAGAUAAACAUAUCAUGAACCGCAAUUUAUACGUGGAGAUGCCGGAAAAUGCAGUUAGUCGCAUAUUGGAAGCACCUAUCGAUGAAAUAGUUUGUGCUCAUAUAAAAGUGUUGUAUUAUUUAAGUUUGGAACCCCGUGAUUUUCCGUUGGCCUAUCGUCAUCAAUCACAAUGUGUGCAGUCGGUUGUGAAAAUGUUGCAACAAUUGAAAGAGGAAAAUUGGUGCCUACCUAUUAUGUAUACGGUGUGCUUGGACUUGCGAAUUUUAGCACAGAAAUGCGAGGAGCUGGGUAGUGGCUCGAAACCGGGCGAAAUACUUGAAAGGGCAGCCGAUUGUUUAAUGAGUUGUUUUCGUGUAUGUGCGGCAGAUAAUCGAUCUUCGGACAGCGAAACCAAACGCUUAGGAAUGUUAAAUUUAGUUAAUCAACUGUUUAAGGUCUACUUUCGUAUAAAUAAGUUGCAUUUAUGUAAACCCUUAAUACGUGCAAUUGAUAGCAGUGCUUUUAAGGAUACAUUUCCGUUGCCAGAACAAAUUACUUAUAAAUAUUUUGUCGGUCGCAAAGCCAUGUUCGAUUCAGAUUAUAAAAGUGCCGAUGAUUUUCUAUCGUUUGCCUUAAAAUAUUGCCCAAAAAAUUUUCCUCAUAAUAAACGUCUCAUUCUUAUCUACCUGGUGCCAGUUAAAAUGUUACUUGGUUACAUGCCAAAAAAGUAUAUCUUAGAAUGCUACGAUAUCCUGCAAUUUCAUGAAUUGAGUGAAGCAUUAAAAGAGGGCAAUGUACGGAAAUUCGAUGAUGUUAUACAGCGUCACGAAUACUUCUUUAUUAAAUGUGGCAUAUACUUGUUAGUGGAAAAAUUGAAAUUCAUUGUGUACCGUAAUCUCUUUAAAAGGGUGUAUUUGAUUAAGCAAACCCAUCAAUUGGAUUUAAAUGCUUUUCGUUCGGCUUUACGAUUUGUUGGCGAGAAGGAUAUGACCAUCGAUGAGACGCAUUGCAUUAUCGCCAAUUUAAUCUUUGAGGGUAAAAUUAAAGGUUACAUAUCGCACAGUCACAACAAGUUAGUCGUAUCUAAACAGAAUCCUUUUCCUGCACUGAAUACCGUCUCAUGAAAGCGGCGACCGCAUAAAUUAUUUGACGAUUGAACUUUAUAUUUAACAAUACUUAUAUUUUAUGACUUGUAAAAAAACGACGAAGAUAUCCGAAUUUUGAAAAUAAAGCAAAAGAAUAUGCAAUGUUAAAAGAAAACUGUUUCAAGUCUUGUAUUCUUAUAUUAAUAGGAGCA